UCUUGGUCUAGUGCAACACCUUCACACAGGUAGGCUGAAGGUACUGGCUGAGAAGAGCAGAUCAUUCGGCAGCAGGUUAUCAUCAUCUUCCACAUCAUUGUCACCAUGAAGAUGCUGACUGUGUGUGCGCUUAUUUGUGCCAUGAUGGCUCUGGCUACAGCUCAAUCACCUCCAAUAGUAAAGUCCCAAAAUGACCAAUCACAAAAGACAGACCUGGUCAAGAAGACUUGUGGUUGUCCCUGUGGUUGGACUCGGAUCUAUGGCCGCUGUUUCCGCUACAUUUCAAGACCAUUGCGUUGGGCUCAAGCUGAGAAAUACUGUCAGCGUCUGGGUGGAAACCUUGCGUCCAUACACAGCUAUUGGCAGUAUCGUAAUAUUCAGAGGAUGAUCAAGCGAGCCUGUCAUGUGUUAAGAGAGACAUGGAUUGGAGGCUCUGAUGCACAAGAGGAGAAAACUUGGCUGUGGAGUGAUGGUACCCGAUUCAGGUUUCAGAAAUGGUGUCGUGGAGAGCCCAAUAACCACUUGCGCUCACAACACUGCUUAACCAUGAAUCAUUCAGCUUGCAAGUGCUGGGAUGACAAUCACUGCUGGAGACGAAAACCAUUCGUCUGUGUCAGGAGACGCUGAUGAACGCGUGGAGCAGCACAAACACUAGUGGAGUGUAUGUGCAUAUUUUCAAAAGCAUUUGUCUUUGUGUUGAUCAGUCUAAUAUGACGUAAAGGCUCUAUAUCUCAUAUCAUUUCAUAUAAUUAUUUCAUUUCUAUCGCUGUAAUGCUACUUAAGGAACGAAGCGACAAGUGACGUAAACAGCAGCUGGAUUGUCUCUCAGGCCUUGUGCCUUUAAUGAGAGCAGAUUGAAUGUGUUUUGAAAAGAAUGCUUUUAGCACCUUAUUCUUGAUUCCAUUGAUCAUUUUGAUUAUCGAUUAAUCUAUUGUUUUUUCAAUUAAUCAGUCAUUUGGUUGAUUAAAUGCCAGAAAAUAGUGAAAAAUGUUUCCAGCUGCCAAAGAUCCAUCUCAAAUGUCUUGUUUCGUCCUGACCAACAAUAAACAACCCAAAGAUAUUUCACUGUUUAUUACUAUCAAAGAUGACCUAAAGAAAAAACAAAACAGAAAAUAUUGACAGAUAAGAAGCUAGAAAAAAAAGAUUCAAAAUGAUUAAUCGAUCAUCAUCAUGAAAAUAGUUAGCGAUUAAUUUACCUAAUCGACUAAUUCAACUCAUAAAAUUGACUUGCAGCUUUAGAGUGAACUGUUCUUUCUUGUCUCGUGCAAAAAUAAAAGCUUCAAGCAUUGAAACAA